AUGUCUUCGACGCGCAAGGUCCGUCGUCUGAGAGACAGAGAUCAGGUCGACUCCAAUCCUCUCUUCCUUCCAUGGAAUGAUGACGGCGAAAGGGUGCAUCCCCACUCCAGACGACAUAUUGCCAAUGCAUUUCUCAACAACGACCCGGGCAAAGUUGCCAGAAUUCAACACACGAUACCGCAAAAGUCAAACCACGAGACACGAGGUAAUAGGUCAAUCACCGUCAAUCGAAGUCUCGGGCGGACUGUUGUACACAACGAGGCAGAUGAGAAAGAGAAUUUCGGAAGGAUGUCAACUCGGGAACGGGCUUUCUUAUCGGAUGCAGUCACCCAAAUCACGCACGAUGCUUCGGAUCACGAAACAUCUAGCAUCUACCAUACUGCCGUAGAAGAGUCUUUCAGUCAAGGCGAUGGCGCCGAGUCUGAGUUUGAAUUGAAUAGCUCUUUCAACCAAGACUCUCUGAACACAUCCCCAAUGGCGCUGAGAUGCAAAAACAGGGUUCGGCAGCACCCUGGUGGGUCGAGGGGGGCACUUGAAGCCUUGAGACCGCUCAACGCUGAUAACCCAGGAAGACAACAGGUUGCCCAUGUCUCAAACAAAGGGCGCAUGCAGACGAGUGAGUCCUCGCAGACUAGACAGGACCAAGAGGAUGAGUCAUUCCACCCCCACCACCCGGGCCAGGAAUCGGAUUUGGAGAUCGACCUUGAAAGGCUCCGCAUCAGUCUUCGUGAUUUUUCACACGAUGAUGCAGAACAAGAGGGAGGGCGCGGCAAACGUAAGGCCUUCGGCACACAGUCCGAAAACUCGCAAACGAAAGAUGAGGGAAACUGUGUCAAGCCGCUUUCGCCACGCAAAGAAGCGCCCCUGAAGGUUAAGGCACCGACCAAAGGAAAGGCGAAAAAGACAGCAAAGAAGGCGUUUGAUGCGGAGAAACAUUCCAUCGCAGAGCAAUUUCUUCUCGAGCUCGAUACAGAGAUCACUCACGGCGAAAUACUCAAAAUGACCAAGCUGACCGGAGGUGUGAAACUGGUGUGGUCAAAGACCUUGAACACGACAGCUGGAAGGGCAAACUGGAAACGAGAGAUGAUUCGAAGCAAACAGGCCGACGGCAUGGUCGUGGCUGUAUCGUACAAGCACCACGCGUCCAUCGAGCUUGCGGAGAAGGUUAUUGACGACGAGAACCGGCUGCUCAAUGUGCUGGCUCAUGAGUUUUGUCACUUGGCCAAUUUCAUGGUCACUGGCGUCACAGACAACCCACACGGCAAGGAGUUCAAAAAGUGGGCGGCCAAGUGCUCCCUCGCAUUCGGGAACUCGAGGGGUAUCAAGGUGACGACGAAGCACACGUACGACAUCGAUUUCAAGUACGUGUGGGAGUGCACGGGGUGCAGUUCCGAGUACAAACGCCACUCCAAGAGCAUCGAGCCUCAUCGCCAUCGAUGCGGGAGUUGCGGCUGCACCCUCAAGCAGACGAAGCCAGUGCCCAGAGGCGGUGGUGCAGCCAGUGGGAAGCCGAGUGCCUACCAGAUAUUCGUCAAGGAGCAGAUGAGGAUAGUGAGGGGCGAGAACCCAGGUAGCCCGCAGAAGGAGGUGCUGCGGAUCGUCGCGAAGCGGUGGGCUGACACGAAGGAGCACCUUCCAGCGGCGAGCAAGAUUGAAGUGGGUAAAAUCGAGAACAAGCCAGGGCCCGACUCUCGUCAUGUAGGUGUUUAA